GUUCGCAUUAAACCACAGCAGUCUGAAGACAGUGAGAAAUAUCAGUGAAAAUGGGUACAUACACGUUACCGGAUGGAUUCACAGAUUUUGACAUGUUUGCCUUUGGCUCUGCACUGCUGGUUGGUGGUCUUCUUGGCUUCUUCCUUAAUGUCAUGUCGGCCGCUGCGUUCCUCAGAGUUCGUGAGAUGAGAACACCCGGUAACUUCUUCAUCUUUAAUCUCGCUGUAGCCGAUAUCAGUCUGAACAUCAACGGGCUGGUGGCGGCAUAUGCCAGUUAUCUGAGAUACUGGCCAUUCGGUUCAGAAGGGUGUCAGAUUCACGGUUUUCAGGGAAUGGUGUCAAUUCUGGCCGCCAUCAGUUUUCUUGGUGCAGUCGCUUGGGACAGAUACCACCAGUUCUGCACGAAGCAGAAGAUGUUCUGGAGCACCGCUGUGACCAUCAGCACCAUCAUCUGGAUUCUGGCCAUAUUCUGGGCGGCCAUGCCGCUGCCUGCGAUUGGCUGGGGAGAGUUUGACUUUGAGCCAAUGAGAACGUGCUGUACACUCGACUACACUAAAGGAGACCGGAAUUACAUCACCUACAUGUUGACCAUCACUGUACUCUAUUUAGCUUUUCCUGUCAUGAUUUUGCAGUCUUCCUACAAUGGCAUCUACGCAUAUUUCAAAAAGACACACCAUUUUAAGUUUAAUACAGGUGUACCUCUAAAGGUGCUUUUGUUCUGCUGGGGUCCGUAUGUAAUAAUGUGCAUAUAUGCCUGCUUUGAGGAUGUUACUCUCGUGUCGCCAAAGCUCAGAAUGGUCCUGCCAGUCCUCGCAAAAACAUCUCCAAUCUUCCAUGCCAUCCUGUACGCGUACGGUAACGAAUUCUACCGCGGAGGACUGUGGCAGUUCAUAACGGGACAGAAAUUAGCCGAUAAAAAGAAAUAAGAGUGAAUGAGCUGCAGCGUUGAUGUUGUUUGUAGAUGAAUUUAAAAGUGUUUACAUACUAAUUCACUGUAUAUGUCAUGUCAGUGCCUAUUCCUAAUUAUAGUUGAGUAUUGAUUGAGGAUUGUUUAUAUAUAAAACCUUAUUUCAGUGUCACGAGGGGAAGCGAGCCGUGAAAAUACAUAUCCAGCCAACAAUCAUUUAUCAAUUUUAUUAUAAUGCCUGUGAUGUAUUAUCUGUGUUCACUAAUGUGUCUAUCAGAAUCCAGUAUUCAUGUAUGAAUCUACAAAAAAGUGGAUUUGUGAAGAGCUAAUAACAAACGGGCCUUUGAUUGUUAAUCCAGAAUCAAUUGUGAUGCACAAGACUGUUCAUGAUGAAAUCUUUCAGGCCGACGGGGAAAGAUACUGAGAAAGAAACAUCAGAGCAUUUAAAACAAACUCUUCUUUUGCAUGUUGUAGAUCUUUAGUGCAGUAUUGAAUAAGAGCUGCUAAUAUGUAAAAUACUAUUUUAAAAUAUGUUUGAUUAAAGUCUUACAAAGAUGUCAGUCUUUUAAUAAUGUCUUUAUGAAGUAUGAAGGUCACUCAAUAUUGUAAUUUAUUAGUGCUGACUGGUAUCACUGAAGGUGACAUUAUGAAAUGGGUUGCUCAGGGUCACUUUCUUCUUAAGUGGUUUAGCUUCAUAAGUAAUCCACGGACUCUGAAUUCCUCUGUAUGUGUGCAGUAUUGAGUCAAGAUCUUCCGCUUUCAAGUCUCUCGUGUGGUUUGGAGUGCAAAUGGUCAUUUAGUAGAUGCUUUCAAGUGUGUCACCAUUUACUGACUACAGGUUCAGUUCUGGAGUAAUUUGAGGUGUUUAGUGUGUUACUCAAAAGUACAAUGAUGUUCAGAGAUCUGCACUUUCAGUCACCAGCUGAAGAUCACUAUGUAUAUCCAAAUACAAUGAACUUGACUGAAAGCACAGCUACAUUUCAGAUCUGCCAGUUAAAACUCCAAGUCUGAUGUCCCUUUUUUCAACAUGGGUCACUCAUGGUGAUCGUAUCAGAAAGCAGAAAAUAGAUACUUAUUUAGAAAUCUUCAAGAACUGCACACACGAGACAACAGGACAAUCAAUUAUUUAUUCUGAUUUAAGGAUUAGAAAAAGAUAUCAGAUUUUUUGUGUUGAACAUUCACUAUUAACUCAGAAAAGAAAUGAUAUCUCUGUCAGAUCUGUUGUUCUUCAAGAGAAAUUUAAAACGCUCAUUGUCACUGUCAUACAGUUCACAAACAAAACUUUCAA